GUCAUGAAAAUAUUCGUGCAGAACUUGCAGUUGCCCGGCCCAAUGAUUUGCCUACAGCAAUUAAAGGACAUCGUGAAUGGGAUAUAGAUAGCAUUUCCUAUAAACUUGAUCAAUCUCCGGCUGUAACAUCAUUUAUUGAAGUUGAGCACCAGAAACGUCUUUCAACCAGAAAUUUUAUCGAGAUUUCAUGUAGCCUUAUUGCUAGUACUGGGGCAAGUCUCAAAUUAAUAAAAAUGGAUAAGAGCCGAGAAGUUAUAGGAAUUCAAGUAAUGGUUAGGAAGUUAGAUAAUCCUGAAUAUUGCCCUAUAAAUCCAGUUCUUCCAUCGUAUAAGCCAAAGAUAAAUGAUGAGAUUCAGGAUCGUUUCGAUUCUGUACCUAUUACUAAUAACACUACUUCAGAUUAUGUAGGCUCGAAGAGCCAUUGCCCCGCAAUAGAGCAUAAAGUUUCUGAUUCAUCUAGUAAUACGAUUGAUGAAAAAGCUUUACCGUUAGAAACACCAGCCCAUAAUCAAUCUGCUGGUCUUGUCCGAGAUAGAUGCCAUGUUGAUACUACUAUUAGUGAAGCCAGCACAGUUGAGAAAAAAAUACCCGAAUUCUUAACUCCUCUAUCUUCAGAAUUUCUUAUUAAAAACGAAUCUGAUAUAGAUUCCUUUUACAGCAAAAAUUCCAAAUGUCGAAAGAAAAAUUGGAACAAUGGAGAUUUAAGAUUGCCAAAGAAAUGCGAGAUAACCAUAAUUAUUGGAAAAAAGAGCGCGAGAGCAUGGGAUGAGGCCGAUUUCUUAGAAUACAAGCGAAACUUUGAGGCUAAAAGGAAGGUUCCUACUACUCCAUACAAAAAAGAGCUGAAAAGUAAAUCUUUGGCUCUUAUCGAAUAUAUAUAA